UCGGCUCGCCCUCGCCGCCGGCUCGCUCUGCCGCCGCCGCGUCCGCCCGAGCCGCGCGCACACCCAGCGCUCGGCCAAAUUCAAAGGCGCCGGGCGCGGGGGAGGGGCCCGCCGAGAGGGAGGGAGAGGGCGCGGGGAGGGGGCGGCAAGUGUUACAACUUCCUUCCCUGCCCCCCGCCGGCCGCGGCGGCGGGGGCGGGGGGGGCGGCGCGCACGGAGCGCCAAUGAGUUCACUUUCUGUCCUCCCCGCGCGCCGCCUCCCUUCCCGCCGGCCUCCUCCUCGGCCGCCGCGGCCCGGCCGGAGCUGUCGGGUCCCGGCGCGGCAGCCGGAGGACCGCGGCGGGGAGGCGGAGGGCGAGCAAGGGGGGAAGGAGCGGCGGCGAGCCAUCCAGGACCUUAAGGGCGCGCCGGUGGGCGCGCAGGGCCGGGUGUGCCCGCGAGACCAGGCGCGUACACGUGUCCGCGUAUCGCGGGAGAGCCCCAUCCCGGGCGAGCCGGCCCCGGCUGCGGUCAUUUAUAAUCCUGCGCUCCGCCGCCCCGCCACUUGUCAAGAUGACAGACUGUCCUCUCGUCCCAGACUGAAACGCGCGAAUGACCUUCGCAUGCGGGAAGGGGCCCUAAGCACCCAGACUUGCUUACAAACGCCAACUCGUCACUGUGGGAGGCCAGUGUCCACCCUCGGGUUCAAGCACCAGGACCUCGAACCGGCGCGCACUGGCGGGGGGACAGAUUAUGGAGGCCCUCUAAGGCUCCGCAUUCCACAAUCGUAUUCUGUAUCCUAUAUUCUCUCUCUCUCUCUCUCUCUCCACUACCCCUACUUCCACUUUGUUUGCUGUGGGAGGAAAAUAAAAGUUUACUGCUUUCCACCAGAAACACUGUCACUUUACGUGGCUUUGGAAGCGCGGCAGAAGGACCGCAGCGCUGCGAGCCUUCUCAUUCCACCUUCCACAGCAGAGGAUUCCAGCGACCUGCACCUAACCUGCCUCCCGCAGGAAGGAAGCUCUUCAUUUUUAAAGAAACAUAUUAAACACUCGGAAAAACAGAACGAUGCCUCCUAG